UUAUUUAUUUCUUCUUUUUUAUUUUCCCACAUUCUUCCUAAAUUUCCAAAAUCAGAUCGGAAUUUCUCCCAAAACUUCCGGUUUAUCCUACUCCACGAUCUCCGCCGUUCGUCGCAUUCACCACCGAGUCUCUUAAUUCAGGGAGAAGCGAAAGAUGGGGGCUUUCAUAUCGAAGUUUUGGUUUAUGUUAUUUCCCGCGAAGGAGUAUAAGAUUGUGGUGGUCGGGUUGGAUAAUGCCGGCAAAACGACGACGCUCUACAAGCUUCACCUGGGCGAGGUUGUUACUACCCAUCCUACUGUUGGUAGCAACGUGGAAGAGCUCGUUUAUAAAAACAUCCGCUUCGAGGUAUGGGAUCUUGGAGGACAAGAUCGACUAAGGACAUCAUGGGCUACAUACUAUCGCGGAACUCACGCUGUUAUCGUGGUGAUAGACAGUGUGGACAGGGCCAGGAUCACCAUAAUGAAGGAGGAACUCUUCAGGUUGCUCUCACACGACGACCUACAAAAUUCCGUUAUACUCGUCUUUGCAAAUAAACAAGACCUAAAGGAUGCAAUGACCCCGGCUGAAAUCACCGAUGCCCUUUCGCUUCACAGCAUAAAAACUCACGAUUGGCACAUCCAAGCCUGCUCUGCACUCACUGGAGACGGGCUGUACGAUGGUCUCGGGUGGAUCGCGCAGCAUGUUACCGGAAAAUCUCCAAGUUAAAAAAGGGACCUGAUUAAUGAAAGAAAGCUCCAUUCAUUCAUCAUAUAUUAUGGAUUCGGAUCACUGAAACAGAGUAAACUUUUUGUGUACCAUCUGUCAGCUGUAUGAACUUUUCUAGAUUGUUUUAAAAAUUUCAAUUUGGGUCAGGAAAUUGAUAUUUUCUACACAAUGAAAGCAUUUUCAUUUAA